GCUCCUCUGGGUGGCUCUCGUCUUCGUUCGUUGGGUGUAGCAGCACGGCAGGAGGUGGCAACAGCUAAGUUAAGUUCAACUGGUUCCUGUCAGGUUGUUGAUUCAAAUCACACUGUGAGCAGCAUAGGAUCUGCUGGACAUGGAGGAGACGGGCGGUGCAAGUGCGUACGGGGCUUCGCUCGCCGGAGGAGGCUUCGACUUCUUCACGUUUGUCCGACAACCGCAACCCAUCGUGCGGAUACUUAGUUGGAUAUUUGCGCUGGUGGUAUUUGCUACCAUCGCGACAGAGGGAUACGUCAACACUCCCCUAAGUGUCGAGGUCAAGUGCAUCUUUAACCAGAACGACUCGGCAUGUCAUUACGCUACUGGCAUCGGGGUGAUCGCCUUCCUGGCCUGUGUGGCCUUCCUGAUGUUGGACGUUUACUUGCCUUUUAUGAGCAGCGCACAGGAAAGGAAGUACGCUGUCAUGGCAGACCUGGGAUUCUCAGGGGUGUGGAGCUUCCUGUGGUUUGUGUGUUUCUGCCUGUUGGCCAGUCAGUGGGCUAAAACUCAUGAUGUCAAUGGAAUCCCAGAGGACGCUGCACGAGCCGCUGUAGCCUUCUCGUUCUUCUCUAUCGCCACUUGGGGAAUCCUUACCUACUUUGCCCUCAGCCGUUUUCGCCGCGGUGUUAAUGAAGUUUCCAUCCCAACCUACACAGAGGCGCCACCAGAUCACCACACCCCCUACCCUCCGACCUACGCCCCCACCUCUUACAACCCCACCCCCUACGCCCCCACCACUUACACAGCCUAUCCCGGCAGUGUGCCCGACAUGCACCAGCAGCCUCCCUUCACCCCGAACUCCCAGCCGCCAGCAGACGCGGGCUACCAGCCGCCUAGCUACUGAGACAAAGGCAGGUCACAUGGACGAAGUGGUGGUGGAGAUCAUCUGUUGGUACACUGAUUGUAGUUACACUGCACAGACCCAGAGCUACAUCAUAUUGAUGUGGAUUUACACUUGAUUUAACGUUCUUUUCCAAGUGUCCGAUUUAAGAGCCUGAGCAGUGCAACUGCAAGCAAGAGAUGAGGCACGCUGCUAUUUACGUCAAAUGGUCUGUGGUCAGAUUUUAAGACAUCACGCUGACUGUAAAGAUUAGUGCUGAUGAUUGGUUAAUCUGACCUUAGACAUGUGUGCAAAGAUGCAACUUUUAUACCUCAAAUGGGCUGAUCAAGAAGGGGGGAGGUAGAUAGAAUGUACCCAGGAGGUCAAAGGUCACAGAAAUGUGUGAAGAAUACCUGUGAUGUCUCUAAUGAGAGUGAAAGAAGCCAUCCCCUAAUGUGUUCGCCUCCUCUUUCCUUCCUGUUAGAACCUGAGUGUGCAUUUGUACAUAGAUUUCACUGCAAAGCUGCCAUUUUUAUGGUCGUAUGAGCCUGACUUUCUUUUCUUAUUUGAACUAGUUUAUCUUGAGGACCUUUAAACAGUGUCAGAUGUAUAAAAUUAACAGGUGAUUUUGUGGGAGUAGAGCACAGUGGGAAAAGAUCACUAUGAAGCCAAAUGGCCCCCUUUGAUUUAGUUUUUUGAAAACAAACGUGGGUUCUGUACUGAUUACGCAGUCAUGUUUCUUAGCCAUAUAAGCAUAAAAAUGUAAAAUCACCCAUGAAAGAAAGAUUUGCAAUCUUUGCGCGCCAGUAAGAAUGCCCCUGUGUUCGCCGUCCCAAUUAGCUAUGGUUUUUAAGACUUGAAGCUAAAUUUGUCAAUGGUGACUUAAGAAACCAUGAAAUCCCCUCCAUUACUUUUACUGUGACCAUGGCAGAUGCAACAAAUUUUCAAAAAUGAAUUGUUGGUGAAAGUGGGUUACAUGUGCGAAUCUGUAGAGGCAUUUAUUGGAAGUUCAUAGGUGGUGUUGCCCUUUCAACUUGUAGCUAACAUUCAGAUAGACAGGAGGGGGGAGCAGGUAGAUAACUAUGCACUUAUUGAACAGGCCUAUCCAUCCGGCCUGCCCGCACAAUGAAGAGUAACUACCAGAAACAAGACUCUCUCUUCAGCCUGCGAACCAGAGUGACCACACACUUCCUUCAAAGUAUUUGUGACAUUUAGUUUUCUGAACACUGAUGUCUUGACCACUGACAGAUUAACACCCGAGACUGCAACAAUGAGAAUCAAACACUUGUCUUUAGAAAGACUGCAAUAGUUUACUUUGUUGCUUUGUGCCUGACAGUGCUACGUUUGUCAGUUUAACACCUCAGCUGCCUUAUCGGGCUCCAGUUAUGGCUGUUGUAGCUAAAGUGACACUCAAAGCUAAGCCCCAGGUCAGAUUUUGACAAUUGUUGCUCGGGUGUAAACUUACUUGAGAUCUGCAAAUGGCAAGACCACAAACUGAAUGUGGAUAUAUUUAUUAAACACAAACGUUUUGUGGUACCAUAUCGAAUACAUUUGUAGUAUAAAGACAUUGCUGAUUAAAAAUGAAGAAAACAAGUGCAUAACUUACUGAAGGCAUGCAUGCAUGCACACAUAUGCAAAAACACUGCUGUUGACUUGUCAUUUAUGAAAGAAAUUUAAUUUUUGGGAAGGAAAUGUGCCAUGAUUCAAGUUAUAUUUAGGUGUAACAGCUGUGCAACACAACUGUCCUUGCUGCCAUGCCUGCUUGAUCUUUGCCACUAGGCAUUCAUUUAAAAUCAAUCAGCUGACAGUUGUGUCUUUAAAUUUAAUAUCACAAAAUAUUAUUGCAAGACUUACAUGUAAUAUCUAAUAUGCAAUACAUAUUUUAUUUGCAAAGUGAAUUAACUUGAUAUUUUGCAAGAGUGAUUUAUAUUUCUUUAAGGUCUACGCUUUACAUGUGAGACUAUAAUAGGAUUUAUAAAAACUGGCACAAAAUAGUGGUCAGGCUUUGGUUGGCUUGAUUGUUUUUCUGUUGUUUCCAAGUAUGUUUUUGUCUUUCUGUUAAUUUCAUGUCACAGUGUCAGAAGCACAAACAAUGAUUUACUGGAGACCUUUUGUUCAUAGAAUAAAACCAUUCACAGG